CGUGCAUAUAUAAAUAUGAGAACAUAUAUCAUUCUAUAUCUCCACCUUCACUUUUAUUUUGUAGGCUUUGCUAAUUCCUAGUAUGGAGUAUCCUCUUCUAUCCGUUUGUGCUUUACUCAGUGUUUUGUUGGUGGCUACCAGUCAUGCUGCCUUACCUCCUGAACUAUACUGGAAGUCUGUCCUUCCUACUACACCAAUGCCAAAAGCUAUCACUGAUAUCCUUUACCCAGAUUGGGUGGAAGAGAAAAGCACCAACGUGGGUGUAGGAAAGGGUGGUGUAAAUGUUGAUGCAGGGAAAGGAAAGCCCGGACACACCAAAGUGGAUGUUGGAAAAGGAGGUGUAAAUGUUAAUGCAGGAAAAGGAAGUGGCGGUGGCCACGGCGGUACCAAUGUCAACGUUGGCGGUGGAAAAGGUGGAGGAGUUUCAGUCCACACAGGCCACAAGGGAAAGCCUGUGUUUGUUAACGUUGGCUCAAAAUCCCCAUUUGAUUACGUUUAUGCUGCAACUGAGACCCAAUUACACAGUGAUCCCAAUGUAGCACUCUUCUUCUUGGAGAAAAACUUGCACCCUGGAACAAAAAUGAACUUGCACUUCACCAAAACCUCAAACAAAGCCACUUUCUUGCCUCGUAUAGUUGCAGAUUCAAUACCCUUUUCAUCUGAAAAGGUGGAACUUGCAUUGAACAAAUACUCAGUGAAAGCCGGGUCAGAGGAGGCUCAAGUCAUGAAGAACACAAUUGAUGAGUGUGAACAAAAGGGGAUUCAAGGUGAGGAAAAGUACUGUGCAACUUCACUUGAAUCCAUGGUUGAUUUCACCACUUCCAAGCUUGGGGAAAAUGUUAAUGCUGUGUCCACUGUGGUGGACAAAGAAACAGAAAAACAAAGAUACACGAUUGCAACAGGGGUGAAGAAAUUAGAAGCAGGGGACAAAGCUGUUGUGUGCCACAAGCAGAAUUAUCCAUAUGCUGUGUUUUACUGUCAUAAGAGUGAUAGUACAAGGGCUUACUCUGUGCCUUUGGAGGGUGAUAAUGGGGUUAGAGUUAAAGCUGUUGCUGUGUGCCACACAGACACAUCACAAUGGAACCCAAAGCACUUGGCUUUUCAAGUGCUCAAGGUUAAGCCAGGGACCGUUCCAGUUUGCCAUUUUCUUCCUGAGGAUCAUGUUGUUUGGGUUUCCAAGUAGAUUUUUCUUUGGAAUCCUUUUGUGGUGUGCUUGAAUAAUUAACCAGCUUCAGUGGCAUCAUCACUCAGCUACUGAAUAAGUUGCACUGUUUAGUUCUAGGUACUAUUCUAGCACUUGUUGUUUAGAUGCUCAUGUACCUGGCUUCAUAUAUGUAUUUUCCUCUAAUGCAUCAUAUAUAUGUAUGUUCUGAAUACAUUACACUAUGGAUAUAUACAUGUGAUAUUAGUGUGA